AUGAGUGAACCAACCGAAUAUUACGACACCAUCGACCUACACAUUCGAUGGUCAGAUCGACAAGAUCUCGUCUUAUCUGUUUCCCCCCACGAUACCAUUUCCACAGUCAAACAAAAAAUUUGUCAAAUGUCACCACAUGCCAAAGGAAAAUACAUUCGUCUUAUUCACAGUGGCCGUAUACUUGAAGACAACAAUACUCCAAGUGACUAUGGACUCGGGAAGAUGACCAGUGAUGGAUCGAAAUCAAAGAUGACACCUUUACCUGUCUACAUUCAUUGCUCAUUAUCAGACUAUGUUCCUGAGCAAACAAGUACAAAAAACCAACCUACACCUAAUAUACCUGUUACUGGCUUUGAUCGAUUACGAGAGAGUGGAUUCACAGAAGAUGAUAUUCAAAACAUACGGUCUCAGUUCCAUCGAUUACACGGUACACCUAUUGAAGGAGAUAAUGAGGAGGCUCGACAUCUUGAAGAGCAAUGGAUGGACAAUACUACAGACACAUUACCAGACGGAACUCUUCAGGGUACAUACAAAGAGAUGGUCUGGGGACUCAUGCUAGGCUUCUUUCUGGGAGUCAUUUGUCUCUUUUGGUUCCGUGAGAAUGUCUUUUCUCGAAGGCAUCAAAUGGGUAUUGUGGCAGGUAUUAUGAUCAAUAUAUCAUUUGGUGUACUCCAUGUAUACUAUUAA